UUCGUAGCGCGGGAGAGGCGACGUCGGAGCGCCGUGUCGUCUGCCAGUUUAUUCGUGAGAGGUUGAGCCGAGUUGUGCGCCGUCGUGCGCUGUUCUUUCGCUUGCUUCUGAACCAUAGCCAAGGAUUACGCGUUCCUGUCUACUCCAGCGUUUUUUUGUGCCGCACGACAUGCUGCCUGCACAGCUGUUCGUCUCCCUUGUGCUGGCUAGUUCACUUCGACUAGCAGAAUCCAAACGCAGAAGUCGGCCACCGAUCUUGGAAGAUGCAGGUCGGAAGAAGCAUCUCCGCCAAACACACUGCCAGUUUGGGAACCAGACGUACGAGUUAGAAGAAAGAUGGCGUCCGGACCUGGGGCCUCCUUUUGGCGUACUCUUCUGCGUCCGGUGCGAGUGCACUGCGGUGCAUCGCAAGAAGCGUAUAGUGGCCCGCGUACGAUGCGAGAACAUCAAGAACGAUUGCCCGAAGCCCAGCUGCGAAGAGCCAGUGCUCUUGCCCGAGCGGUGCUGCAAGACGUGUCCCGGAGAAGACUACGCCGACUUGGAAGAAGGAUUGGCGUUGCGGAAGUUGGAGCUGGAUGACGACGACCGUAUUACCAAAGAGUACGCUGUCUUGCUGACUGGCCGUGGCAUGUCCCCAACCCUUCCCUCCUUGGGUGCAGCUGCUGGAUACCUGACUUUCAUCAAGCGCGAUCUGCAUUUUAGCAUCCGAUACGACAACUUGCCAGCGGUGACGAAUGUUUUGUUCACAAACGAGGAUGGCUUGAUAGUGCAAGAGCACGAAGUCGGUGUUCCCAACAGAGCUCUCUUCAACAACAGGACACAGCAAGUAUGUGGUGUAUGGACGAAGGUGCCAAAGGUGUACCGCAGGCUGCUUCAGAAGGAGCGGCUGCACGUCGUACUGGCGACGGAGACGCAGCCGAACGGCGAAGUGGCUGGGAGGAUAUUGAAGUCUACCAGGUUGGAACCGGACGUCUUCAGCUCACUGAUGCUGCCUCAAGCCGGUGUGAAGGAAACCUUGGGCGCCGGCGGCGUCGCUUCUAUUUCGCCUGCCAGGAACGACAUUCACGUGACUGUGAUCUUUAACGGAAUAUUCGCUCCCACAGAUGCCAGGGAUGUAGUGGUCAAGAUCAGCAUCCUUGAUGAAAUGUCUGACGUAAUCAGCAGCUCGGACAUUACUCUACCAAAACUUCAUGUGUCACAGAAUGUUGCCAGCGUCAAGAUGGCCCUCUUACCGGAGCAUCAGGCGAGCUUAAUGAGCGGGAAGCUGAGGAUGAAAAUGAUUUCUCCCGAUGGCAAGAGACACAUUAUGGGACAAAUAGUCAUUAAGCCUACUUGCAACAUAUUUCAGGCCGUUCUCACCGCCGAAACGUCUAAUGCCGGAUUUGCUGUGCUCAACGUCAACAGUGAUGCGUCCAUAUCGUAUCAGGCAUACGCAUCCGGAAUGACUGCUGCGCCGAUGGUGGUCGUACUGGAAACAGACAGUCCAGCCGAUAAUGAGGUUCGGACUAUGGCAGCUUCGUACAAUCCCCCAUUCGCCUACCAGUGGACGAAUGGCACUUUCACGCGAGGCACGACGCAAGUUCUGGAAAUGCUUCUGACGGAUGAUCUGACUUUCAAGGUUUUAGCUGAGGGACAAAGUGAGCUACGCGGUCGUGUCAAGCAAAGGCUGUACUCAGAUGCAUUUCUCAGUGAGGCACCCGUGCUGCUGAUACCAGAAGGGAACAGCAGCGCAGCAGGUCAAGCAUGGCUUGCGGUUGAUAAAGCCUGUCGUCUCCACUAUUCCAUCUUCGUCUCUGGGCUGGAUCCUGGAGAGCGCCACUUGCUGGAGCUUCUUGAAAUUUCUCCAGCGCUUCACUUGUUGCCUAGCGCUCGCAGCGUCCAGCGUGUGCUGCAGAAGAUCAAUGGAGAUGAGUUAGAGGAUACCUUGGAAGAGCCUAGUGGAGCUACUCUGUACCGUCUGAGCAGCGGCUCGUCGUAUCUCCUUGUGACAUCUAAAACUGGAAAGAUGAAACAGGUGGAACUUCGAGGGCACAUCAGAGAUAUCCCGAUUCCACCGCAGUGUCUACCGGAUCCAGAAAAGAACGUGCUCACGGUCAGGGGCUAUCCCAACGACCUGGGCGAAAACAACGAGGUGUACCGCAUUGAGUCCAACCACAAGUGCUACUACGACGGUGAGGUCUUCGAGGAUGGCGCUCAGUGGACGGCCCGUCACGAAGAGUGCGUCAUGUGCUCCUGUCAAAGGGGCCGCUUGGUUUGUGAACCCGUGGUGUGUCCUCCUCUUCACUGCCAAAACGCUGUAACACUUCCGGGAGAAUGCUGCCCGACGUGUCAGGACGAAGCAAGCAGCAUAAACUCGUCGUUUCCUGUCUCAAAAGACACAAAGUCUCGCGCUGGAUGCUUUCUGGAAGGAGACAAAAAGUUCCACUUGGCAGGCUCUAAGUGGCAUCCCUACAUCCCGCCCUUCGGCUUCAGUCGCUGUGCAGUCUGCACAUGCCAGCCCAUAACAUUGACUGUGGAGUGCAGGCGAAUAACGUGCCCUCCGCUUAACUGCCCAGAAAAAGAUGCAUACAGAGAAAAUGCAUUGUCAUGCUGCAAGAAAUGUCCCAAUGUGAUGCCCGUGAAGUCACAGACACGCGACAUCCCUCUACACAUGGGAGACCAAGCAACAAAGCUGACACCAAAAGAAAUCUUGGCAAGUGGGGGAUGCCAGUUCCAGUUACAAGUAUUCACCAAUGGUGCAGAGUGGCAUCCUACAGUUCAGCCAUUCGGAGAAAUGAAAUGCAUAAGCUGCCACUGCAAGGAUGGCAAAUCGAGGUGCAGGCGGCAGAAGUGUGCGAAGUUGUCCUGCCCCAUCAAAAUCCAGAAAGAUGACGAGUGCUGCCCUCGGUGUGCAGACAGCUCGGACAGCCACCGGGAAGAACGGCCGCCGCGACGAGCGGGACGACGGAGAAAGGGGCGCGGCGGGACGGCCAGGAAUUGAAAGGGCUCCCACGGCUCUUCUUUCUGUUUCAUUUUUCGAAGGUGGAAGAGUGCACUUUGAAACGUCUGGUGGUGCCCAGCAACCAAGCAGACGACGGGCACGGAGCAGCAGGGCACCUGCUGAAACAUUCCACAGUGUGCGGUCACAUCAACUUGUGCCACGGGGCCGUUCGACCAGAACGUACCACACGUUUGCACUCUCGUGGAAGUUGUUCCGUUUCUAUGGCGACCCAACAACACGGUGGUGGCUUAUGUUCUUGUGUCCCAGUUGGAUAGUGCGCAAAGACUCGAUGUAAGGCACUGCCCAAUGGCAUAGUGACGCUCUGCCUGAUGGGUACAACCGACGGAGUUUCACGCAAACGGGGCCGACAGUCCAGCGGGUACCGCUCCGUUUCACUCACUUUACCAAUGAGCACAGGCAGACUGUCGAGAAAGAAAAAAAAAAAAAAAAGAUUUCGUUUCUUGACGUGGAUCACUGUGGAAGAGCAUUUAUCAUUUUCAUUGUUGUCCAUACUAUCAUGUCUUUCCCAUCCUAGAUGAAAUGUCUUCGUAUUUGCAAGUGCGCACCACAUUUUGCUUGGCAACUAUGUAUAGUUACGAACAAAUUAGAAUGCAGCCAUUUUUCAUAUCACAUUUUGCACGUAACGUGGCCCUUAGUGUGAAAUUAGUGGCCCGUACAUUUUCACUGUUCAAACUAGGGCUCGCGGAAACUUGCAGAUCAACGACACGUCGCCCACUCGUACGUUCUGCCUACGUCUUUCUCAGACCUUAAUUUUAUUGUGCUGUGGAGGAUCCACAAGAAUUCUUCUUUUCAUGUCUGUGUGGACGCUGGUUUUAAUUGGUGUGUGUGUGUGUGCGUGCGCCCGGAAGCUAUUUGUCAUAGCUAUUCGUUCUAUCAUCGUGUGUGUAACUGCCGUUGAAACAUAGCAUGACAGCAAGAAGGCGUGAAGAUGAACACAUUCAGAAGGAUAGAAAAGUCAAUGCAAGUGGUAUGUGUUCGAGAGAUGUUGAGAUAUCAGUGCCUGUAAAAUGUAGCAGGCAUCACCUACUUCAGAAGUAUUUACGCUAUGCAUCAUCGUUUGCGGAUCGUCACUCAUUGAGCAUGAUAGUAGGAAUAUAGGAGCAAUUUCUACAGCUGUUUUUCCAGUCUUGCAGUACAACAUGUUAUCGCCACAUUUGUGGUGAUGAUCGCAGUUUCGUCACAGGGACACUGAUGUUCCGAAUUGUUUGCAUCCGGGACAUCAAGCCAGCCAGUAAUACUUGGGAAGCCAGCCAUUAAUUCCUGCAGACAGUGGUUUCCAUUUCACAAAACCACUCAUCUGUAGUUAAGAGUGGGAACACUCUUCUUUUCUUUUAAUAAACAUAUCCCCCACCACCACCACCACCACCAUUAAAGGAACAGUGCAGUACAGUUUAUUCUGUACAUGCCUUAGGAUCCCCCACACUCCUUCUAGGAACCUUCAUCUGAGAAUGAGUGAAGUCCAGUCGUGAAGUCAAUUGGCUCAGCCGAAGUGGCAGGAGAGCAUACGCUGUCGGUGCCUGAACGGAGAAAUUUGUUUCCUCCUUUAACGCCCUGGCCUUGUCAAGUGUCUGUUGAGGCAAGCCGCUUACUUGCCUUUUAUUACAGAACAAACAUUACUCACAUUGACGAUAGCAUCAGGCUUAUUGUAAAGCAGUUAAAGGGCCUGUGAAAAGAUUUUCCCACUCUUGGAAGAAUUAUGUUGAUGAUGGGGAAGGAUUUUGUGUUUGAUGUCCUGGCUGUAACGCCAAUCGAGUGUGUCACUGGACACAGCAGGUAACUUCGAGUGCGACAUGACUUUUAUCAUGAACCUGCAUGUUGGUGUUAAUAUACAUUAUGCUCGUAGCUUGUCAUCACUCGAAAGAAAAACUACGAAGUGUGGACUGUAACGUUAUACAUAAUUUUCUGUGGGAGAAAGUUUGACAGAACUUGUAUGUCAUGUUAAUAGGCCAAAAGAGAUCAACUUUUCCUUCGCCCAAGGGUCACUGAAGUCCACAAGCCAUCUUUUCCAACAUUUCAAAGUACCCAUGAUGAGCUCCAAAGAGCUAGCUGGACUUUAAUUAUAGAUGAAGUAAUAAUAGAAUAGAGUGAUGAAUUAUAGAAUCUAGGAUCUGGUAAGGUUGCCAUCUGUCGACUGCAACUCUUUAUUCAGCCUCAAAGUGUCAAUAUUUGUCUACAGUUUUUUCCCAAACAUAGAAACCGUAGUGGCACGACAGCCAUUUUUGUGCAGCCAACAGCGCUAAACAUUUUAACGAAAUUCGCUCUGUAAAAAGGCUAAUACAAUUUCACUUUCGCACUUGUGAAGUCACAGCCAGGUGCUUCUUCUCUGGCUGCAUUUAUGUACGAGGAAAGACACACAUUCUUUAUUUAAACGAUCGCCUCCACAUCAGCCCUUCCUUCCGGCACUUAAUAUCUGAAACUGGAUAUCGUGUUGUGGCACACAAGGUGUUCGUUUUUCUUCAUGUGCAUUCUUUGCUGGAAUCUCAAGCAAGAUUAUGUCAAGCAAAAGCACCCCCUUCCUGUACCAUUACACCGUUCCUCUUGUUCCGUCAUCACAUGUUUUACUCUUUGUUUCACUAUGAAACAGAAAAAAAACUGUACCGUUCCGUGGAGCUUUACCUUCAACCAAAUGCCAAGUGAGAACAAACUUUGCUAGAAAAAGUCACAUCUUCACUGCGUACUACCAACGUAGUACUGCACAACGCGUCACUAUGACUUCGAUUUUCUCGACAGAUCUAGCAUCUAACUGAUUUUACCAAACGAUUGUGCCAAAAAAAAAGGAACUUUAGAGUCAUUUCCCUUCCCUUAGUCAUCGUGACAGAGUCACAAGCUUUUAGUGUUAUGAGAGUCAUUAUAAAUAUAGCCUAAAUGCGUGCACGCACCCAACUGGUGGGUGUCGUGUACACAAUGCGUGAGAGCAUGUAAAUGUGCGAAUGAAUAUAGCGAAUCGAAGGUAGCGAUUAUUUAAGAGAAAUGCGAAACCUGUGAAUAUUGAGUUGCUACUUUUUUUUUUUCCUGCUUCUAGCAAAGGUGUAUUUAUGAAGGUGUCUGUGCCAUUCAGCGAUGGCGCGUCCUGCCAUAGUAUGACGAUGGUUGUGUUUUAUUCUGAAGAUUGUUGUUCUGACAGAGUAACUUUUAGCUUAUGUGAUCACUAUGGAUUUCGAUAUAAUUACAGAAAAAUAAAGCGUAAAACACCCUGCA